UCUUUCCCUCCGUGUCUGCUCGGCUCGGGUCGAUAUGGAAGAAUUUGCGAGUAGAGGAGACAACCACAGCCUGCCCGUGAACAAACGCGGUCUCUUCAGACGCUGGUGGACCUUAUAAACCAGCAGUACCACCCCCACCCCUCCUCUGUGACUGCCCGCGACAUGGCUCUCAGCUCGGGCGGCUGGGCUCCUCCAGCCCCGGUUCCUGCUUCGUCCCAGCAGGCUGCAUGCGGCGGCCCUGCGCUGACGGCUUGCUGCAGUACUGUUUUAAUGUCAGUCCGGGUUUCGGUGUGCCAUUCCGGGAUCCGGCCGCUGUGUCUCCCCGGAGCGGGCAGCGAGGCUCUGCGGCUCCAGCUCAGCAUGGACCCGAGCCGGGCCGGAGAGUUCCGACUGGCGCUGCGAGAUACGAGCGGAAACCGCAGUGUGUUCAUUGCAGAGUUUGACCUGCGCUCGGUGCAGUAUGAGGUCAAAUCUCCUCGCUGCCAUGAGAUGCGUCUUGCUGCACCACCCCACGACUGCAUCCGCUUCAACUUCCGCUGCGACCGCGAGGCCGAGGAGUGGGCCACGGUGGUGAUGUCAUCACUAAGAGAGGCACAUAGAGUUGCAAAUAUUAACAUAUGUGAAUCGGAUGGCAAACACAACCACACAGCAGCAGCCAUGGAGCAGUGGAGCUCGGCCUCGCUGCCGCUCACCGAGGAGCUAUGCUUGGAGCUCUCCAGGGCGAUUGAGGCCGGUGACACUCAGGCUGCUUCACAGCACGCAUCCGCUCUGGCUCGGCAAAAAGCAGCACUGACGAUUCAGCUGUCUGAAAAGAACUACGCGGACGGAGAGAUCAGUUUAUCUGUCGUGGUGGAGGAUGUUUCGUCAUCCUGCUGUGUCACGGUGAAAGUGUUUCCUUACAUGACUGUGGCCGCGCUCAAGCAACAGGUGUUUCUCGAGUACGGCUUCCAUCCUCGCGUGCAGCGCUGGGUGAUCGGUCAGUGCUUGUGCACCGAGCCAAGAUCACUGGCCUCCUAUGGGGUGCAGAAGGAUGGCGAUACGGCGUACCUCUACCUGAUCUCUGCCCGACAAGCCCGCAUCACCCGCCAGCUGUUCCAGCAGGACCUGGAGAGCGCCCUCCUCGCCCCACCUCUCCCGCCAGGCAACGGCCCCACAUCCCAAGACUGGAGGGGUUACAGCACCCUACCCUCGAGGCUACCCCACAACAACCUGGGGAGUACAGGUGGAGGAAGUGACAGACCGGGUGAUAUUAAAGAUGUUCUCGACAUUGAGAAUCUGCAGCUGAAUGAUCAUACCAAUAAAGCCAAUAAAACACAGCAGACGGAAUGGGCUUGCCCCUUAUGCACUUUCAUCAACAAGCCGUCCCGUCCAGGUUGUGAAAUCUGUGCUACAGCCAGACCUGACACACACAUCCAGCAGGAGAGAGGAAGGAGAGAGGAUCGAGGGGAACCUGGUUUAAGCAGCAGCAGCAGCUGACUGCCCAUCAUCUCUGUCUGGUCGCCGUGUCUCACUCACUCCCUCACUCACUCACACACACACACACACACACACACACACACACACACACACACACACACACACACACACACACACACACACACACACACACACACACACACACACACACACACACACACACACACACACACACACACACACAGAGUGAGGAUGCUAAAUCCGCCGUGUACAUGUUGACAAAAUACUCACACAAAGACUGUCAAGUGCACUGAGAGUCCUCUGACAGCUGGCUGGCUGCUGAAGACUGGAGCGUUUGAAGCACUGUAGCAUGACGCAGAGCUGCACUGGCCGAGGCUCGGUUGAUGAACUGCAGACAGAGAGAGCAACUUCGACCGUCGAUAUGGACGUGACCAUGACAUACAUCUGAAUUUGGCCUGACCUCUUUGUUAUUUAUUUUACAGGGUGUAUGGUGCAAACAACACAGACGGUCUUAUAUUUAUUUUAGGUGAGAGACAUGAUUUGCAUUUGAUUGCAGCUGAAGAUGAGGGGACUUUCAGUUUCUGCCGACUGUGAAGUGAGAGGAAAGUUGAAGCCUUGUGCAAUACCCUGCUCUGUUUUGUUAGUGGGUCAUCUGUUGGUGCCAUAAAUAAUGUUGGAAGCCAUGGCUGAGAAUAGAUGGUGUGUUUACAGGGUUGUCAAGUGCUUUUAUUUUUUUAUAACAUUGUAUUAAGUGUAUUAUUUUUAACAAGAUGCAUUGAGUAAUUGAUGUACAUUUUAGCAGUUGAUCAAAUUUUACUCAAUUCCCUCUGAGCUGUGACAGCAAUGGAAUGAUUUGUUUUCAGUACAUAAUACUGUAAAAACUUGCAUUACCUGAAUAAACAUAAUGAAUCUAAACAAA